AUUUCCACUGAUCUCUCGGUUUUGCUUUUCCCUGCUAUUCAAUCCCCCAGUGAGUUGCUUCCUCUUCAACCCUAAUUUAAGCUUCUGUUUCACUCUUGUUCACUUUCUCACACACCAAUCAAUUUGGUUUUUGUAGUUUUAGGAGCUGAAUCAAACCGACGAGAUGGCGAGGAGCAACUUAGAUGAAAUCAGAGUUGAUAUUUCUGUGAGCCCCAGAGUUAAUUAUUUCAAACUUCCAAAGAUUCAAAUAAUCAGUGAUCAAGCCAAGGCUCUUAUGGAAGCUGGCGCUCCUGUGAUCAGCCUAUCGGCCGGAGAGCCUGAUUUUGAUACACCAGCCGCGAUAUCUGAGGCUGGAAUGAAUGCAAUUCGUGAUGGUUUCACUAGAUACACCCCACACGCUGGAACACUAGAACUCCGCCAAGCAAUCUGUCGCAAGUUAGAAGAGGAGAAUGGGAUAGCUUAUACUCCAGAUCAGGUUGUGAUUAGUAACGGAGCCAAGCAAAGUAUUGUCCAAGCCAUUCAUGCAGUUUGUUCCUCUGGAGAUGAGGUCAUUAUUCCAUCUCCAUAUUGGGCAGCCUACCUAGAAAUGGCAAGGAUGGCUGAGGCAAGUCCUGUUAUAGUUCCAACAAGCACAGCCAAUAACUUUCUGUUGGAUCCAAAGCUUCUUGAAUCUACACUUACUGAAAGAUCAAGAUUACUUAUUCUUUGUUCUCCAUCUAACCCAACUGGAUCUGUUUACCCUAAGAAAUUGCUUGAAGAGAUAGCUCAAAUUGUAGCAAAGCAUCCCCGGCUGCUGGUUUUAUCUGAUGAAAUUUAUGAACACAUAAUUUAUGCACCUGCAACUCAUACUAGCUUUGCCUCUCUACCGGGCAUGUGGAACAGGACACUAACAGUAAAUGGGUUUUCCAAGGCCUUUGCAAUGACUGGUUGGCGUGUUGGAUAUAUUGCUGGUCCAAAGCAUUUUGUUGCAGCAUGUGGAAAGAUCCAGGGUCUGAUGACUUCAGGGGCAAAUAGUAUAUCUCAGAAAGCUGCAUUGGCUGCACUAGGACUUGGUCAUGCUGGUGGGGAGGUAGUUUCCAUAAUGGUAAAAGCAUUUAAAGAGCGGCGAGAUUUCAUGGUCAAAAGUUUUAGGGAAAUGGAAGGUGUCAAGAUAUCAGAACCUCAGGGAGCAUUUUUUGUGUUCAUUGACGUAAGCUGGUACUAUGGAAGACAAGCUGAAGAGUUUGGCGUGAUUGAGGAUUCUGAGUCCUUCUGUCGGUUCCUAUUGGACAAGGCACAGGUGGCUCUAGUGCCGGGAAGUGCCUUUGGAGAUGAUAAUUGUGUUCGCAUCUCUUACUCAUCAUCCCUCACCACCCUGCAAGAAGCUGUAAGGCGAAUCAAGGAAUCACUUGUUCCUUUAACCACACGGCCUCUGGUUUCAAGUCAUUAAGCUUUCUAAUGAGUUCCAUUCUGUCAUUGGAUUGGAAAUAUGACGUAUUUUCAUUGUAUAGGGCAUUAUUUAGAAAGAAUUUUUGGUCCUAAAUAUAAGUCAUUAACCAACUUAUUAGUAACUUACUUUCCAAUUUUACCCUUUUUAAUAA